AAGUGUUCAAAACAAAACAAGCAAGUCUAAAACCACUCUGCCUCUUCCUCCUCCUCCUCGUAUUCCCAACGUUAAACGCUGCCAUUGAUCGCUUAAGAAAUCCAGUCUUUAUUUCUUUGAAAUCCUGAGCAACUAACCAUGGUGGUCCUGUCGAAGCCGGCAAUUGAACAGUUCUCCAUCGUGAAGCCGUGCAAAGGCGGCGCAUUUCCCCCGGGCAUCCCAUUGAUAGACCUGUCCCACCCCGACUGCAAACACCACCUCGUCAAAGCCUGCGAGGAAUUCGGAUUCUUUAAGGUGGUGAACCAUGGCGUUCCCACUGAAUUCAUAACCCGGCUGGAAUCUGAAGCCGUGAAAUUCUUCUCCUCUCCCCUGUCCGACAAGGAGAACGCAGGGCCGCCUGACCCGUCCGGCUAUGGGAAUAAAACGAUCGGCCCCAAUGGCGAUAUCGGCUGGGUUGAAUACAUUCUGUUAUCCCCCAACGACGUGGAAUUCGAUUACGACAGGUUCUCGUCGGUCGUGGGUUUAUCCCCUGAAAUGUUCCGGGCGGCGGUGAGUGACUAUGUGACAGCUGUGAAGAGAAUGGCGUGUGAGAUUCUUGAAUUAAUGGCGGAGGGGCUGAAGAUUCAGCCGAAGAAUGCGUUGAGUAGGCUGGUGAUGGAUGAAGAGAGCGACUCGGUGUUGAGGCUGAAUCACUACCCUCCAUGCCCGGAGCUCCAAGAAAUCAACGGCCGGAAUUUGAUUGGGUUCGGCGAACACACAGACCCACAAAUCAUAUCUGUUCUGAGAUCCAACAACACCUCGGGCCUUCAAAUCUCACUCAAAGAUGGCUGCUGGAUUUCCGUGCCCGCUGAUCAAUCCUCCUUCUUUAUCAACGUCGGCGACUCUCUUCAGGUGAUGACGAACGGGAGGUUUAAGAGUGUCCGGCACAGGGUUUUGACGAACAGUAGAAAAUCAAGGCUAUCAAUGAUUUAUUUCGGAGGACCACCGCUGAGUGAAAAGAUAGCUCCAUUGCCAUCACUCAUACAAGGAGGGGAGGACAGCUUGUACAAGGAGUUUACAUGGUUCGAGUACAAAAAAUCUGUCUAUAAGUCUAGGCUGGCUGAUAAUAGGUUGGUCCGAUUCCAGAAUAUUACAGCCUCAUAAUCAACUCCCAAGUCCCACCUUACCUUGUUAUUACCAAAAACAUGGCAAAUUAAAAGGAUUAUUAGUUGAUUUUAUUUCCAUGCAGCAGGCUAGGCAGGCCAAAAUGUGUAUUUUUUUUUUUUUUUCUGGGAUACUUUUGUAAGUACUUGAAUGGUUAAUGGUACAAACGUAACCUUCAAAGUUUGAUCGUCGACAUUA